AUGUCAGAUAUUUCCACUUGUGAGAUUGUCAAUCCACCAGGAGUUGACUGUGGUAUGGCCGAUGCUGGUCUAGAGGCUAAGAUUCGCCACAGAACAAUUUCAUGGUAUCCCGAUCUGCAACUUCAGAAAAAAUCGAUUAUUCGACGGAAUUUCAUGAACAUAGACCGCUCGCAAAUAACCAGACAUCCACCACACGAGGGUCCUGGCACGCCAAUGACACCAGCCACCUUUUUGGAGCGGAAAGCAAACCGGCAUAUCACUUGGGACAACGAGUGUCCUGUUUUCGUCGUCUAUGGAUACGAUCCUUGUCGAGGUGAACUCGAGUACGAUGAGAACACGAUGGACGACGCAAGCCUUAAAGAAGCCGAAGAGAUCGAGAAGAACAUCGACAAGAUUCUUGAUAAGGCUCGAACACCAGACAAAGAAGAGGUGCAAAAGAGCGCGCCACCGUCGAAAUGA